UUCUAAUGUUGCCAGCCUGACGCUAAUAACAGUUACAGUAUAGUAGGUGGUAAACCCGGUUAGCUAACGUUACAGUACAGAAAUUGAAUGCUGUUUUGAAAAGUCGUCACAAUAUAAUUACGAUGUUAAGACUACAACAUUAGCUCCACAAACUGCAUUUAUCUCACUUCAAAGCUGUCUUUAUCUACGUUGAUGAAGAAGAUGCCGCUUUUUGGGAACACUUUCAGUCCGAAAAAGACCCCUCCACGCAAGUCCGUUUCUCUUUCCAAUCUGCACACGUUGGAUAGGUCUACAAAGGAAAUCGAGUUGGGUCUUGAGUAUGGAGCCCCUGUUAUGAACAUUGGGGGCCAGAGCUUGAAAUUUGAAGAAGGGCAGUGGAUUGCAGAGUCUGGAGGGAAUGUAUCAGGAAAGGAGAUGCAGAGACUAAAAAAGAGGAAUCUACAGCUUGAGGAGGAGAACAACCUACUGAAGCUGAAGAUUGACAUCCUAUUGGACAUGUUGUCAGAAACUACAGCAGAGUCUCACUUGAUGGAGAAAGAGCUGGAAGAGGUAAAGAAUCACAGCCGAAGGAAGAAGUUAUGAAUAGGAACUGGAGACAGGCUCCCAGCGACACCUGAAAAGGACUUAAAUAAGGGGAUAUUGAAAUUAAUAAGGGAUGUUAAUUGAUUGUUUUAGUAACCUGUUCCUGUAUGUAUUGUCAGAUAUAUUAGUAUUCGUUUUUUACAGAAUUUAAAUAAUUAAAGGUAUGAGAGUUUAAAUGUGUCAUGUCCUUUUAUGAAAAUGUAUUUCUUUUAACCAUAAACUUAAAUUAAAAUGUUAACAUUAAUUCUAAGCUAUUUUCAAAUACUAUUUUUGUUCACCUCAAUCUUUCUGCAUGUAUAUAGUUUUGGCAGCUGAGUGUAUUGAAAUAUUUGUUAAAUGUUUUCUACUUCAUUAAAAGAUUUUCAGGUGGG